GGGUUUAACCUUCCAUUUCACGAAAACUCUCUUCAAACCCAAAACCCCCAUACUUCACCACCACCAUGACACGCUUCUCCAAAUCCUCCGCCCAGCGCCUCCUCUACGCCCUUACCUCCACCACCACCGGUGCUCCGUCCCUCCUUGCCGCCACCUCCCACCUCCGGCACUUCUCAUCCGGCAACCUCGCGCGAGCAAAAGCAGCCACAACCGACAAAGAACCAUGGUGGAAGGAAUCAAUGGAAAUGAUCCGGAACAUAGGGAUUUCGGCGCAUAUUGAUUCCGGUAAGACGACGUUGACGGAGCGAGUUUUGUUUUAUACCGGAAGGAUUCAUGAGAUUCAUGAGGUUAGAGGGAAAGAUGGAGUUGGUGCGAAGAUGGAUUCUAUGGAUUUGGAGAGAGAGAAAGGGAUUACUAUUAAAUCUGCUGCUACUUGUUGUAAUUGGAAAGAUUAUACGAUCAACAUAAUUGACACACCUGGUCACGUUGAUUUCACCAUUGAGGUCGAGAGGGCUUUGCGUGUCCUUGAUGGUGCCAUUCUUGUUUUUUGUAGUGUUGGUGGGGUGCAAAGUCAGUCCAUUACUGUUGAUCGGCAAAUGAAAAGAUACGAGGUUCCAAGACUUGCAUUUAUCAACAAGCUUGAUCGAAUGGGAGCAGAUCCAUGGAAAGUUUUAAAUCAGGCGAGAUCUAAGCUUCGGCAUCAUAGUGCUGCAAUUCAAAUUCCAAUAGGUUUGGAAGAAAAUUUUAAGGGACUUGUUGAUCUUGUGAAGUUAAAGGCCUAUUAUUUUGAUGGUUCCAAUGGAGAAAAACUUACCAUUGAAGAAGUGCCUUCAGAUAUGGAAGCCUUGGUGGCAGAAAAAAGACAUGAACUAAUAGAAACUGUGUCAGAGGUUGAUGAUAUACUUGCGGAAGCGUUUCUUAGUGAUGAGCCUGUUUCAGAUGUUGAUCUUGAGGGAGCCAUUCGUAGGGCUACCGUGGCGCGGAAAUUUAUACCGGUAUUCAUGGGUAGUGCUUUCAAAAACAAGGGGAUACAACCACUUCUGGAUGGUGUACUUAGUUAUUUGCCAUGUCCAAUUGAAGUUAAUAAUUAUGCCCUUGACCAAUCUAAUAAGGAGGAGAAGGUUGAGCUGCCUGGUAAUCCUGAUGGGCCCCUUGUAGCAUUGGCUUUCAAGUUGGAGGAAAGUAAGUUUGGUCAGCUAACAUAUUUAAGAAUUUAUGAGGGCGUCAUUCGGAAGGGUGAUUUCAUUAUUAAUGUUAACACUGGCAAGAAGAACAAGGUUCCUCGCUUGGGUCGGAUGCAUUCUAAUGAGAUGGAGGAAAUUGAUGAGGCUCAUGCUGGCCAAAUAGUUGCUGUAUUUGGUGUUGAUUGUGCAUCAGGAGAUACUUUUACUGAUGGGUCUGUUAAAUAUACAAUGACUUCAAUGAGUGUUCCUGAGCCUGUGAUGUCAUUAGCUGUACAGCCAGUCUCAAAAGAUUCUGGAGGGCAAUUUUCAAAAGCUUUGAACCGCUUCCAAAGAGAGGAUCCUACUUUCCGUGUUGGCUUGGACCCAGAGAGUGGGCAGACAAUUAUUUCUGGAAUGGGAGAACUGCACUUAGAUAUCUAUGUUGAACGCAUUAGAAGGGAAUAUAAGGUUGAUGCUACAGUUGGAAAGCCCCGUGUAAACUUCAGAGAAACUGUUACUCAACGUGCUGAUUUUGAUUAUUUACAUAAGAAGCAAUCCGGAGGGCAAGGACAAUAUGGACGGGUGAUUGGGUAUAUUGAACCACUCCCUGCUGGGUCAGAAACUAAGUUUGAAUUUGAAAACAUGCUUGUUGGUCAAGCUAUUCCAUCAAAUUUUUUCGCUGCAAUUGAGAAAGGUUUUAUAGAAGCUGCCAACUCCGGUUCCUUAAUUGGACAUCCCGUUGAAAAUCUCCGAGUUGUCUUGACAGAUGGUGCUGCUCAUGCUGUUGAUUCCAGUGAGCUUGCCUUUAAGAUGGCUUCUAUCUAUGCUUUUAGACAGUGUUACACUGCUUCCAGACCAACUAUAUUAGAGCCUGUUAUGCUUGUUGAGCUAAAAGUACCAAAUGAAUUUCAGGGAGCUGUUGCUGGUGACCUCAACAAGAGAAAGGGUAUGAUUGUUGGCAAUGAUCAGGAUGGAGAUGACUCUGUCAUUAUAGCUCAUGUCCCUCUUAACAAUAUGUUUGGGUACUCUACAGCUCUUCGUUCGAUGACACAGGGAAAGGGUGAAUUUACAAUGGAAUAUAAGGAACAUUCACCUGUUUCUCAUGAUGUACAGACCCAAUUGGUAAACGCAUACAAGGGCAAUAAGGCACCUGAAUGAUGACUUUGUUGAAGUAUACGGUCCUAUAUUUUUUGGGAGUAAUUUAUCUAGGAAAAAGAUUUGUGACAAUUAUAGGGAUAUAGGUUUGGUUCAUUUUUUAGGGUCAACCAAAUUUUGAAGGCAAAUAAGAAGGUGCUAUAAUUGUACGAUUAAGUAAUAUUAUAGAUUUUUCCCUUGAAAAAAGUAAUAUUAUUAUAGAUGAAAUAAUUGCUAAGUGCCUAAGUAAUCUGGCUUCUGUAAGAUGUAAGCUAUGUAACUUUAAUUACAAUUAUUCAAUUUCAAGUUUUCGAAGAUUCAUAAUCUCA